AUGGAAGAGAGUAUAGAUGAUCAACCUGUGAGAGGCACAAGGUCACUUGCUGAGAUCUAUGAAAGAAGAAAUGAUGCAGAACUGAUAGAAAAUAUUAAGCAAUGUUUGUUUGCAGGUUUUGAGAUGACAGACUUAGGAAAAAUGGUUUAUUUCUUAGGUCUGGAAGUUAAGCAAAGUCCAUAUGAAAUCUUCAUUUGCCAAAGGAAAUAUUUGAAGGAAAUUUUAAAGAAGUUUCAGAUGGAAGAAUGUCGAAGUGUCAGUACACCGAUGGCAGCUAAAGAGAAGUUGCAGAAGGUUGAUGGAACAGAUGUUGUGGAUGCCUCGAUGUAUAGAAGUUUGAUAGGGUGUCUCAUGUACCUUACAGCAACUAGACCAGACAUUCUAUUUGCUAGGGGUCAAGAAUUCAAUUUACAAGGUUUUUCUGAUAGUGAUUGGGCUGGCUCAAUGGAUGAUAUGAAGAGUACAUCUGGAUAUUGUUUCGAUUUUGGAUCAGCUUGUUUCUCUUGGUGUUCUAAAAAACAAGAAAUUGUAGCUCAAUCUACUGCAGAAGUAGAAUUUAUAGCUGCUACUGCAGCUGCAAAUCAAGCUUUGUGCUGA